AUGAAGCCGACAAGUUUACCGAUGGGAUUAUUGGAGAAGAUUACAAACAAUUUCUCCGAGGAGCAACUACUUGGUCAAGGUGGAUAUGGAAAAGUUUACAAGGGUGUGCAUGACGACGGACAAGAGAUUGCUGUGAAGAUGCUCUAUAAUACCAUACAAACAAUUGAUGAUGUACAAUUCAAACGUGAGUUUGAGAACCUUAUGGUGUUAAACCAUCCAAAUAUUGUACGGUUAAUUGCCUAUUGCUAUGAAACACAACAUCAAUAUAAUAGCGAGUUGCAAGGAGGCAUUAUUUUUACUGAAGAAAAACAUAAAGCACUUUGCUUCGAGUAUAUGCCCAUGGGAAGCCUUCAGAAUCAUCUGUCUGAUGAAUGUAGUGGACUUGAUUGGCAAACACGUUACAAAAUUAUGAAAGGGUCUUGUGAAGGUUUAAAAUACCUUCAUGAAGGAUUGGAAAAGCCAUUUUACCACAUGGACAUAAAACCAGAAAAUAUACUUCUAGAUGUAAACAUGUACCCAAAACUUGCAGAUUUUGGGUUGUCCAAGUUCUACAGCGAAGACCAAACCUGCAGGGUGACUCAAAGUGCUAUUGCAGGAACGUUUGGAUACAUGCCACCGGAAUACUUAUAUGGAAAUGUAGUCUCAAAGAAGUUUGACAUAUUCAGCUUGGGUGUUGUAAUGACCAAGAUAAUUGCAGGGCCUGGCGGCCACACCAGAUAUGCUGAAAUGGAGUACCAAGAGUUUCUAGAUCAGGUACAAGGAAAUUGGAGAAAAAGGUUGCAAGCAACAUUGAGUUCUCCCGAACCACUAGAAGCACAAUGCCAACAAGUGAGAAGAUGCACCGAGAUUGCACUGAGCUGCCUGGACAUGGAUAGGCAUAAAAGGCCAAGUAUAGCGGAUGUGACAGAUGAACUUAGCAAGACUGGAAUUUUAAUUGAAAAGAUUACUUAUUAUGAAAAAGAUCCAUCACUGCCACUUGCUUCCACUUCAAAUGUUGUUCCACCUGCAACAUCACCUCCACCUUCAACUCCAUCGGCACCACCUGCUUCCAUUUUAACCACCAUUGGAUCUUCAACACCACAUCGGCAUCCACCUCCUGAGAUUAGUUCUGUUAUACUUGCACCAACACCACCAAAUGGUGGCCUCAUGACACUCUUACGUGCGUACAUCUACCAAAAGCUCAAGAUCACCGAGCGCUUCACUUACCGGGAAUUGGCGUCUGCAACACGUGACUUUGCGGACAAAUAUAAGCUUCGAAAUCGUGGCUAUGGCGAUGUCUACAAAGAUGAAGCGAGGGCUAGCUUUAAGGAGGAGAUUAAUAUUAUGAGCCCACUGAACCAUUGCAACAUUACACGUCUUGUGGGUUGGUGCAACCAAAGGAAGAAACUCUUGCUUGUCUACGAGCAAGUGGAUGAUUAUUGCAACCUUGAGGAUCGGCUUUAUGGCCAUGGUGCUAAUGUGGAUGCAGAACGUUUUGGUGCAAGGCCUCCAGGUUCAAGUCUUGACCUAGAUUGGCGGAAAAGGUACAACAUACUGCUUGGAAUAGCCUCGGGUCUUGAAUACCUCCAUACUAAAUGUGUGAAAUGCAUUGUGCAUAGGGAUAUCAAGCCAUGUAAUGUGGUACUCGAUAGGAACCUCAAUGCUAAACUGUGUGACUUCGGGAUUGCGAUGCAACUCACCCAUGACAUAACCUCCUGCGAGACGGACAACAUCAUUGGGACACUAGGUUACAUGGACCCAACAUACAUACGUUGUGGCACAGUAAGUAGGGAAUCUGAUGUCUACGGCUUCGGUGUGCUCUUGCUUGAGGUUGUAUGUGGUCAGAAUCCGAUUAUGAUUUACAAUCCCCCGAAAAACAGCCUCAUUGAGAUGGUCCAGGAAUGUGGUCGGAGAAAUGCAAUUAUUGAUGCAGCUGACCAACGGUUGAGGGGCGAGUUUGAUGAGGAAAUUAAAGGAGCGUUGUUGAUCGGGCUCUGGUGUGUCGAAGAAAGACGUGAUGAGCGUCCAACUAUCCAAAUUGUGUUGUCGCGAUUAAUAGGCCUGGCUGCUAAAUCAACUUACGAUAACCGCCGUUCAACCGAAUUGUAUCAUGAGGUGUGA